UUUAGAGGACUUGUUGCCUGCUACAAAAUUCAUAUCUUCAAAUCGAUUAAUAGCAUUAAAUUGGAAAUGGAGGCUUUGACUCUGCAGCCAGAGGGCACCAAAUGCAUGCAGUUGCUACAAAAUGAUAUGGAACCCAUUUUCACGGUGGAAUGUCAACUAUCCAAUGAGUUGAUUAAGCAAGUGCCACGCCAUGACAUGUUCCACAUAAUGCAAUUCGAAUCGGAGAAAUUCCAAUCAUUAACCCAGUGUACACGCUUUGGUCAACAGGCAGAACGUGCUGUUAAACUAGCUCUCGAUCAGGAGUUAAGUGAUGAGAACGCCAAUGAAACUGAACUGGAUUUUGGUCGCAUACAUUUUACUGUAUGGUGGCGUGAACCGGGCACCUGCCUUAAUGAAAUGUUAGGCAUGGGUGUCUUGGAAAUAAAUGAUCUUUACAAUGCCUCA